AGAAUCGGAAAAUUUAUACGAGAAAGUAGUGGAUGACGAGCAGACUGAAUCAUAAUAUUUAACAUGGAAGAGGUCGGUACAAUGCGAUCUGACAUGUGAUAUUACUUUGUGAAAGAAACUUGGUGGGUGUGUCACAUAAUGGAGGCAAGACCUGAACAAAAAGCGAUGCCAACUGCGAGUGAUCGUCAGUUAUAUAUGGAGGACCUGCCGUCAGAGAUGAGUCCCGUGGAUGACAGCAUAAUUCUUGCCCGUGUACAUGUACCGGAGCUUUGUAUCAGCAAAUGUUUACAGUUUCCCAAAGAUCAGCUGGUUUGGGAUGUCAAACAGCAGUGUCUAGCAUCUUUACCAAAGGUGGCUACUUGGUACAGGGAAUUGAAAGAAAGCUUCAAUUAUGGCCUUUUCUAUCCGCCAGUGAAUGGAAAGGCUGGAAAAUUCUUAGAUGAAGAGCGCCGACUCGGGGAUUAUCCUUUUAAUGGAAGUGUCGGUUACCUAGAGCUCAAAUACAAAAGAAGAGUUUACAAAAUGUUGCACGUUGACGAGAAACAGUUAAAAGCCAUGCAUACCAGAACAAAUAUUCGACGCCUACUAGACUACGUGACCAACAGUCAAGUUGAAAAAAUUUCUAAGAUGUGUGGUAAGGGCCUAGACCCGAAUUUUCACUGUCAAGACACUGGUGAAACGCCAUUAACUCUAGCGACGACUCUAAAAAAGUCAUCUAAGGUAGUAAUUGCACUGGUAAACGGAGGUGCCCUUCUCGACUAUAGAACAAAGGAAGGGCUCACGGCACUUCAUCGCGCAGUCGAGCGCAAUAAUCUUGAGGCUGUUAAGACCCUACUGGAGCUCGGUGCUAGUCCGAACUAUAAAGAUACAAAGGGCCUUACGCCCCUUUAUUACAGUGUUAUAUACAAGACCGAUCCGAUGUUAUGCGAAACACUGCUACAUGAUCAUGCAACCAUUGGGGCCCAAGAUUUACAAGGCUGGCAGGAGGUUCACCAGGCUUGUCGAAACAACCUGGUCCAGCACUUAGAUCACUUACUCUUUUACGGAGCAGAUAUGAAUGCGCGCAAUGCAUCUGGCAACACGCCUCUUCAUGUUUGUGCGGUUAACAAUAUCGACUCUUCAUGCAUCAGACAACUCUUGUUUCGCGGAGCUCAAAAGGAUGCUCUUAAUUACGCGAAUCAAACGCCUUAUCAAGUUGCGGUGAUAGCAGGAAACAUGGAGCUUGCCGAUGUCAUAAAGAACUAUCAGCCUGAUGAAGUUGUGCCGUUCAAGGGCCCUCCACGCUACAAUCCAAAAAGGCGCUCGGUGGCCUUCGGCAGCCUUUCGACGAACAUUUCCGCGAGCAACCUCGGCACCUUCACCAGGCUACAGGCAAUGACUUCUGAGUAUCAUCAAUUCCUUACAUCCCCAUCACCGAUUGACAUGUCAAUGUCACUUUUGUCGAAUCCGAGCUCGGCAAAUAAUUCUUUCCCUUGUGCCGAACAUUGUGGAACUAACAACAAUCCCAGUCGGGUAGUUUCAUCAGCCGAUGCAUACCUUGCCUCCGGCAGUUUGGGUCGGUCUAAUUCGACAACAAUAAUGUCUACGACUGAGCACCAGCAUCAGCACAAUCAUGAUAUAAUGCCAAGGACUAACUCGCACCAUAGGUGUCUCAACAGAAUAUUGUCUAUUGAAGAGCAGCAUCAACAGGGUAGUGCUGCUGUUAUUGCAUCGAGUAUAACCACGAGUAUCAUCCAUAGAAUUCCGUCCGAACAGCACAAACAGCAGAGAUUGAACUUGGAUUAUCAAAGUCCUACGCAGCUCAGGGAUCACGCUGCGAGAUUACCGAGUGGCGAACACUAUCAGAACGUGCGGGUAGGCGGCCUAAUGAGGCUACAGGAGCAUCGGAUCGAGCUCCAGCACCGACUUGACAUACAAGCCGGGGGCGGCGUCCUCGGUCUGAGGCCGAUGGAUAUGCCGCCCUCACCAUCGCCGAGCAGUCGGAGCCUAGCACCUUUUAGUUCCGCGAGCUCCAGUCUUUCUGAGGGCAGCAAUCAACCUUCCAUCGAGGACUCAGCUAGCAUUGUUACAGACAAAAGCCUCGGUGACACGGCCUCAGACAUCAUCAGCGACAGCUCAGGCGUCGGAACUUCUCAGUCUGAUACCACUAAUAAUUCGCUAUUAAUACCUGGCACAACUGUCGUUUGCAUUGAGGGAUACACUAGCAGCAUACCUGGACACUUAAAUAUCAAUCAAGGCGAUAUACUUGAAGUGACUGGCGCAACAGACUGCGGUCUGCUUGAGGGUGUACUACGUGGACAAGGUACUGGACUCUUUCCAGCUCACUGUGUACAGGAAGUCAGGUUGCGACAUACAACGAUUCCGCUCGGUUCACAGGCAAUUGCAAGGGAGGCAGCGGUGGCGGUGAUCAACAGAAGUCGGGUGUUGGGUCGUCGGGAGUCGCAGGACAAGUAUUUUGCCACUGCCCCUAGAUUAAAAAAAUCAAUAACUUCAGAACCACGCACAGUUAUUCUCCAUCGCUCGCGAAAAGGUUUUGGGUUUGUUUUACGUGGUGCCAAGUCUACAACGAACAUCGCAGAAUUGACGUUGACCACCAGGUAUCCAGCUCUUCAAUAUCUAGAUGAUGUUGACAAAGGUGGUGUAGCUGAUCUUGCAGGUUUACGUAAAGGAGAUUUUCUUAUUCAAAUAAAUGGAGAAGAUGUAACGAUGGCUCUGCACGAGCACGUAGUCGACUUGAUCAGGAAAUCAGGCGAGCUCGUACGUAUGGCAGUGGUAUCGCCAGUGCUAAACCUUCCGAAUUUGCAAUCGACAGCUGCCUUCCAGACUAGUCAGUUGUUUCAGAGGCAAUACGCAACAUUGCCUCGUAAGACACAUAAUAACAUAGCCAUAGGCGGAACACUAGGCAGGUCACCUGCUCCCAUGCCGCCACGCAGAGAUCCAAAAACUACUCUUAGCGUAGGUCGAGCAAGGGCUCGUUCAAUGGUUGCGGGUCUAGAAGAUAACAGUGAAAAGAAUGAGUGCAAUGAUGUAGCCCGAGAAUCUAUGAAAACUAACAGCUCCGAGUCUCUUCAUUUAACUCUACAAAAUACAAUAUGCCUCAACAUUGAGCAAAAUAUUCAAAACCAACCAAGGACGGCAAGUAUUCGCUCAAGGCCAACAUCUAGCCGUAUCACCGCUGUUGAGCUGGAGGAACUCUUCCAGCGCCAGCAAAGCGCCAACGAUGGUAGCAUAACUAUUGUUACUCCCGCUCAUUAUGGUUCUUCGGUACAGAUGAGCACGAUCUCAAACCUUCAGAAUGGCAUAAUUAGCACAAAAUUACACUCAACAUCGAAGGCUAAAUCUGGCCGAGUCUACGCCAGUGUCGCUGAGAUGAAACGAAAGGGAAAAUCAUCGCGGGUACGUUUUUUUGGAGGUUUGGGUAAUGGUUCGGAUUUGCAUCGUGAUUUCCAUAGCACACCCGACUUAAACAUUCAAGCACAAAACACAUCAAAUUUAGUGUUAAAAGGUCACCGUAGUCAAGAAGACGUGAACGUAAUUCUGGGGAGAAAUUCUGGUCUCCCGCCACCCAAUCAUCCACCACCACCACCACCUAUCAGCCAAAUGAUCAAAGUUAAUGUCGGUGAAUCCGUAUCCGAUAUCAGUACCUCAGUUUCUGUGUACGACAACAUAACCCACAUCCAACACGUCAAAGAGCUUGUUGCGGCAACAGCAGAGAACAAAUAUGGAGUGAUGUCAAGCUUCCGGCCAUGUAACAGUGCAAAACUUUAUGCCUCUCCCGAAGAUAGAAAGACCGUCGGUUAUCGUUCACUGAGUCUGCCAAGCCAUUCCACUCGUUCUCAGCUACGCAAGUCUCACAGUUUACGCACGCCUAAUGGGACCAGGGGCGCUUCUUUCAAGUUUGAUGGGACUCAAAUCGCUAACGGUAGUUCCGGUGGCCUAAUAAACGGUCAGGCAAAGGGAAUCACAUCUAUAGGAGUUAACACCGCUAAUCAGUAUGCCCAACCAUUAAAAAACGGCAGAAGUCACAGUAUCGUGGGUACCAUUCGCGAAAGAAAAAAAAAAGCGAACAUCAUUACUAGUUCGUGUGCUUCCAAUUUAUCAGAGGUAUCUGGAGAUUGCAACAAUAGUGGUUUAUCAGUACCCUUAAUACCAGAGCCAGAUUAUAGCUUAAGUGAGUCAGAAAACGAUGAACAUUUGACAGACGAAGGCGAAGAAAUAGAGAUCACCAAUGAGUUAGAGAAGGCAGCUGUACGUGACAAACUUGAAUCAACGCGUGAGACAUCCGGAAAUUCAAAUGUCUCAGCUGGCAGUGGCACUAGCAGCAAUUCAACCGGCUCUAGUUCUCUUCCACAUUCCUUUAAUGUCGAAGAGAUCCAGAAUGUUAGGAAACAUUUAAAGACUCAACAAUCUCUAGCAGAAGAUGGAGAUAACAGUUCUAGUGGUGUAAGCUCUGAUCAGGAUAUCCCUGUUGGUCCUCCUACAGGUUUCGAUGAUAUACAAGUUCAUAAAGAAGGCAAUCCAUUUACAGAUUCUGACAAGGAUAACUGUAAUACCAUGGUUGACAUUGGUGGGUGUUUGCAGAAGAGGUCAAGUUAUGGAAGUAGUGGCAUGUUGAUGAGGCACGCAGUAAGUCUGGCUCAGUUACCACCACCAAUUGAAGCAGAUGCAGAGGAACAGAGUAGUGACAUAUUUGUUCCGCCACCGCCUGAAUUCAAUGUCGAUGGUACUCUUACGUCAAAUACCAUUAUUGAACCUGAUGAACUCGUUUUCGCACCACCACCGCAAUUUUGUGAUGGAGGUCGAAUACAACAGCAACAGCAAAGAGUCAAAAUUAUAGGAGCAAUACCGAAGGCAGCAAGAAAUAACAACCAAAUAAAGCUGCCAAGUGGACAUUUGCAAACCCAGUAAAAUAAACUAAAUUAUACGAUGUUUUAACAAAAACUCAACUCUUCAUGAUUGACAACUAAUAAGACAAAUCACAUAAAAUCAGAUAUUUGGUUGGACACUGGAAUAUUGUAUGAAAUUUAGACAAAUGAGUAAACAACGAUGUCGUUGUAGCAUCAUAAGUGUUAUUAUAUUUUAUAUAAGUACUGGUACCAUGUGAGAAAUGGUUUAACAAAAAUUACUGUGAUUUUUACUGGA